CCGCGAUUACACCAAGAUCAUUAGAAAUCAACAAUACAUUCCAGUAAAUAGUUCAGCCAAAAUCAAAAAGAAAAAACAGACACACACAUACAAUAUCACUGAUAUCUUCGAUCAUCGACACUAUGGGUUUGGAAAUUGCACAAAACAACCUUCCUCUCAUAGAAAUCAAUGAAGAAACAAUUUCUUUGCGAUCAACGGCCGAUCAGGUCUGCCAAGCCCUAGAAACAUAUGGAUGUUUUCUUGCAAAAUACGACAAACUUUCCCCAGAUUUGCACCAUGAAAUGUUCAAAGUUUCCAAAGACCUAUUUCAACUACCCAAGGAGACAAAAGUGAAAAAUACUGGUAAAAUUCUUGGAUUUGGAUAUGGCACUAACUUUCCUUUCAUGCCACUCGUGGAGUACAUCAGUAUUGAGAACGCUGCUACUGUUGACGCAACCAAAGAAUUCACAAACCUCAUGUUUCCAUCUGGAAAUGAUGAUUUCUGUGACACUGCAUACACAUACUCCAAGUUGCUGUCCGAAUUGGAUGCAACAGUAACGAGGUUGGUUUUCAGCAGCUAUGGCGUCGACGAAUCUUGUUACGAUCUGAUCAAUUCGUCAUUUUACUGUGUAAGAUUUCUGAAAUAUAGAACACCAGAUCCCGAAGAGCUCAACGUUGGUCUUCAUCCUCACGUGGACAAGGAUUUCCUGGGCGUUGUUGAUACUAAUCACGUCAGUGGUCUUGAAUUACAAAUGAGAAAUGGUGAAUGGAUAUCUUAUUACCCUUCACCUACGUUUUCUUCAAUCUUUAUAAUCAUUGCAGGAGAGCCAUUCCAGGCAUGGAGUAAUGGAAGAAUAUUUGCCCCUCUGCAUAAGGUAUUGAUGAAAGGAACUGAAGAGAAGUUCAGCAUUGCACAGUUCUCGUUUAUGAGUGACAAGAUUAGAGUUCCAAAAGAGCUGAUUGAUGAGCAGAAUCCAUUGAAAUUCAAGGAGUUCAAUCACCUUGAAUUUCUCCAGUAUAUCCAAGAAGAGAAAAGGUACCACGUCGAGCGUUCCAUUGUACCUUUUUGUGGCGUUUGAAUUUGGGCAACUUCCCAGAAAUAUGCUGCGUUGCUACUUUUCAAGUUAAUAACCUCUCCUCAACUUCUUGUUGUCUAUGAAUAUACACAUGCAUGUAUGUAAUACAUUGAUGUUGUUUAUAUCUGUUGUGGUUAAUAGUAAGUUGUUAAGCUGAUUGCAAGUCUUUGUUUUGUAAUAAUAUUUGUUAAGUUGUAAUAGUAAGUAUUUACACGCAAACUUCGUUUACUUUGUGAAUAGUAUUAUUUUGGUCGCUGUUCAAAGAUAAUCUUUUUGUUGGGA